AUGAGUGAUUCAACCUUUAUAAGUACUGAACAGCCGGAUUCUUAUAUUACGGGACAUGUUAAUAAUUUAACUAAAGAUCAAAACGCAAUAUUGAGAUUAUGUUGGUAUUGUUUAUUUCUUUUACAAGAUCUUGAUGAUUUAGAUAAAACUUCAUCAACCAACAAUCUUAACAACCAGUCAUGUGUUGAAGUUAUUGACUCAACUUUUAGGAAUAAUAACUUUAAAAAAAAAAUAAAAGAAUACAACACUAAACAUCCAAAUCCUGACAAAAGUAACGAGUUUUUUGAGCUUAUUUCCAGUUUAGAAUCUUAUGAGCCUGGAGAAUUAAGAAAAACAUUAUGGAGCUUCGUAGCAGCCGAUGAUCCUGAUGUUACGAUUCUUCGUUUUUUACGUGCAAGAAAAUGGAAUGUCGAGAGGUCAUUAUCAAUGUUUGCAAAGACCAUAAAUUGGAUGUCGAGUUUUGGUGUUAGAGAUAUAAUAGAGGGAGGCGAAGAAGGAAUGAGUAAAUAUUUUGAGAGUAAAGGUGUUAAAAAUUUUAUGAAUCAAUUUUCAAGUGAUGAGCAACCGCUGGAAGUUCUUCAAAAAUUUACAAUUUAUGUAAUGGAGACUACUCGUUUAUUCAUUCAAGCACCUGUAGAAACUGGAUGCCUUGUUUUUAAUAUGACAGAUUUUAGUUUAUCAAAUAUGGAUUUCCAGUAUGUUAAAUUUAUGAUUCAAUGUUUCGAAGCAUAUUAUCCUGAAAGUUUAGGCAUUUUGAUCAUUCAUAAAGCACCAUGGGUAUUCGGACAAGUUUGGAAGUUGAUUGCUCCUCUUUUAGAUCCAGUUGUUGCCUCUAAAAUUCGUUUUACAAAAGAGGAUAAAGAUAUUUUGGCCUUUAUACCUGAAUCGCAUUUAAUCGAAGAGUUGGGUGGCAAAGAUAAAUGGAAAUACGAAGCCAGAACUUUGUAUCAUCGUACUGGUAUUCUUAAAGAGGAUGGAGCUUGUGAUUGGGGAUAUUCAGAAAAAAUCCAAAAAUGA